AAAAGAAAAAAAAGCAAGACAAAAAUUCCGGGCAAGCCGGCAACCGGGUAGCAAAAACGCCCUAACGAUAGACAGCGUCAUUCGACUCCACACCGCCGUCUUGCUCAGCUGGUAUCGUUUUGGCCCCAAGCCCAAUUCUACCAUAAGCGACAUAUUUACUGGUCUUGGCUCUAGGCCUUUGGUUUUCGUUUGCUGAAGAUGGCCAUUAUCGAGAACUGGAUCCCACCUACGAGGGAAAAUUGGGAGACUCUACUCUUUGUGUGGAAGUUUUUCCCCAUUCUCCCAUCUGUACAAUGGCUGACUCCGUGGUACCCGAUGGGUAAAACCUCGUACCCGAGCAUCUUUAACGUCCCGGGCCGUCUCGCCUGGUUCCUGAUGGAGAUCCCGGGGGUCUCGAUACUGCUCUACAACAUGAGCACGCUGCCGGCCAAGCACGGCAUCGACGACCUCCCCUGGCAGAACAAGGUGCUGGCCGGCCUGUUUGCGAUCCACUACAGCUACCGCGCCGUCAUGUACCCGCUGAUGGCGCCCUCCAUGGCGCCCAUGAACAUCGUCGUCGCCUCCUCGGCCGUCUUCUUCCAGGUCAUGAACGGCACGUGCCUGGGGGCCUGGCUGGCAGCCUACGGGCCGACCACGCAGGAGGAGUGGCGCGCCCAGCUGGGCGCCGGCGGCACGCUGCAGUUCGUCGUGGGCAUCAGCAUCUUCUACCUGGGCCUGGCGGCAAACUACUACCACGACGACGAGCUCCGCGAGAUCCGGCGGAGGGAGGAGCGCAGGCGCGAGCGCGUGGCCAGGGACGAGGGCGUGCGGCCCGAGACGGUCGAGCGCCACUACGCCAUCCCCCAGGCCGGCUUCUUCAAGUUCGUCCUCUACCCGCACUACUUCCUCGAGUGGUGCGAGUGGUUCGGCUACUGGAUGGCCUGCGGGUGGUCCUGCACCCCGGCCUUUUUGUUCCUGUUCAACGAGUUCGUCUCCAUGCUCCCCAGGGCCGUCAACGGUCGCAAGUGGUACGAGGAGAGGUUCGGGCCCGAGAAGAUCAAGGGCCGCAAGGCUGUCAUCCCGGGACUGCUGUGAGCUCGGGCUGUCUUGAGGAACAAGCAAGUGCCAGGUAUGCUGGCCAAGGGAUGUUGAGUAUUUUCUCCGCCGCUUUUCUUUUUUGCAACUUGGUUCGGUUCUGUUUUUUUCGGCGUCUGGGGAAAGGAAGAGAUUGGAGCAUGGAAUGCCAAUUGGGCUGCAUAAUGUGUAGAGGGGCUGCUUGUGUUCGUUAAUAUUGCGGGUCAGAUGAUAGAGGUUUUACAGGGAUUUUGCGACCACGGCCCAGAAAGGAUGUCUAGUACUCUUGGGGAUCCCCAGUCAUAACUCGGCAGAAGAGGCUGGGAUAUAGAUAUUGAGAUGGGGGGUUAUAGAAUAGUAGACCUACUUAAGCACCCCGACCACUCUCAAACAGCAAAAAUUUACAUCCUUGGCACAG